GUUGAGUUUGCUUCAUCUAUCAUUUCCACGGUCCUCGGCAAUGCACGAGCGGGCAGGCUGGCACACCUUGACAUGGACAUCCUAUUCGAUAUCGCGCUCUUGUCCGUCGUCCUCGUCCUUCUCUAUGCAGUCUAUCCUCGGCGCACUCUUCCCACCGUGGAAGAUGUCACGCCUCCCAAACUCCCGGAGGACAACACCGCACCGCCAAUUUCCAUCGAGCCUGCGCAAAAAGGGCCGAAGCAGCCGUUCGACGCAUUUCUGGUCCUCGACGUUGAAGCUACCUGCGAAAAUGGAUCAAGUUUUGCGUACCCGAACGAGAUUAUCGAACUGCCUGUUUGUUUGAUGCGAUGGAAAGAUAGGCGCGGCGGAACCGCAAGAGAACUGGAAGUCGUUGCCGAGUUUCGCAGCUUCGUCAAACCGACAUGGCGCCCUGAGCUGUCCGAUUUCUGCCAGGCUCUGACUGGGAUAACGCAGGGCCAAGUGGACGGCGCACCCGUGUUUGCAAGCGUGCUGAGGUCUCUGCGCGCGUUCCUCGUGAAGCACAAGCUGAUCGAGAAGAACGGCAAGCGGCGUAUGCGCUUCUGCUGGUGCAGCGAUGGGCCUUAUGAUAUUCGGGACUUCGUCGUAAAGCAGUGCUUCAUCUCCCAGGUUCCUUUCCCUGAUUGGAUGGCUGGAGACGUGCUCGACGUCCGAGCACAGGUCGCUUCCCAUCUGCCUCGCGAGAAGCUACCUUUUGGUAACUUGAACAUUCCAGCACAGCUGUGGGCUCUCUCGCUACCUCCCUUCCAGGGACAGCUUCACAGUGGGAUAGACGACACUCGGAAUUUAUGUCGCGUGCUAAAGCAACUUGCGCUGGAAGGUGUGUGUCUCCAGCCCAGUUCGCCUAUAAAUCCGAGGCGAAGAUGGCCCUGGAUGGGGAAAGCGGGCAGAGUCGUCGAGGAUCAAAUUCCGAGGUGA